AAGUUCAUCUUGUUCUUACAGAAGAUCUCUGAUCAGAAUUCAAAAAUCAAAUGGGAAAGAAGCCGAUCAAGUAUACAGUGGUUGAUGCCUUCACUGAAUCGCCAUUCAAGGGGAAUCCGGCUGCCGUUUGCCUGCUCGAGGAAGAGAAAGAUGACGAAUGGUUGCAAUCUGUAGCAACUGAGUUCAACAUUUCCCAAACAGCUUACCUGAUUCCAAUACCUAAUUCAGACACAACUCCUCGUUUUCAUCUCCGAUGGUUCACUCCCGUUGCAGAGGUUAAACUUUGUGGACAUGGGACACUAGCAUCUGCACACUUUCUCUUUACAACUAGUUUAUCCCACACUGAUAAAAUCGAAUUUCUAACCCUUUCUGGAAUUCUAACUGCUAAAAAGGUUUAUGAAACAGAUGAUAACUUCUCAAUUGAAAUGGAUUUCCCAGUAGUUCUAUUGGUUGAAAAUGAUCAUAUUGGUGAAGUUACAGUUCGCAAAGCCAUGAAUGUUUCUUCUGUAAUUGAAAUAAAGAAGACUGCAGCAGAUGAUUUCUUAGUUGUUCUUCCAUCAGGAAAGAAUGUAUCAGAAUUUGAGCCUCAAUUUGAUGAAAUACAAAAAUGUCCUGGUAGAGGUUUACUUAUAACUGGUGUUGCUCCUACCGAAUCAGGGUUUGAUUUCAUUAGUCGAUUCUUCUGCCCCAAGUUGGGGAUGAAUGAGGAUCCUGUUUGUGGAAGUGCACAUUGUGUUUUAGCAUCAUAUUGGUCAAAAAAACUUGGGAAAUGUGAUUUUGUUGCUUACCAAGCAUCGUCUAGAGGAGGCAUUCUAAACUUGCAUUUCGAUGAGAUAAACCAAAGGGUACUUCUUCGAGGAAAGGCUAUUUCUGUAAUGGAAGGAUCUAUCCUUGUCUAAUUUGCUUACAUUUCCUAUAAUGUAUUGAAUAAUAAUUGAUUUAAGAUGCCCCUCUUAACUCAAAUUAGAUAAUCUCUG